CAUUGCAGCAAUUGGUCCACAGGAGCUAUAAAUUGGUCUCCUCCAGAAACAGAUCAAAAUUUGUCUUUGGGGAGGUCAGCUGGAAACUAAAGAGGCCAUGGAGAGAAAUGGUGCUGCCUGUCCCCAAAUGCUGGACCCCACUCACCACUUCCACGUAGCGCUGCUGGAUCAGAGACGGAGGCUGCGUGGCCAGAUUGCUCACCUUCACAAGGUGGCUCGUAAACUCAACAAGCUCCGCAAAAGGUCCCUGAUUGCCAACGUCAGCGGGAGCACCCUGACUGCCGCAGGAGCAGUCACUGCCAUUGUGGGGCUGUCCCUGAGCCCGGCGACACUGGGAGUCUCCCUCCUGGCAUCUGCUGUGGGUCUGGGCCUGGCCACUGCCGGGGGGGCUGUCAGCAUCACCUCCGAUCUCUCCUUAGUGCUCUGCAAUUCCCGGGAGGUGAGGAAGGUGCAGGAAAUCGCAAUGACUUGUCGGAAACAGAUGAGGGAAAUCCUCGGCUGCCUGGAGUUCCUCCGCAGGGGGCAGGGCCCGGGGGACCCCAGACUGCGCCAAUCAGAGAAGAGGGCCUCCAUCUCACUGUACAACUCCGUCUGUUUCAUGGUCUUCUGCGGCUCCCACAGCUUCCUUGUGCCAGAGUACACAAAGGAGGUCACAAAAGUGAGCCAGGCUGUCCUGAGGGCCAAAAUCCAGAAGCUGGCUGCCAAUCUUGAGACAUGCACCAAAGCAAUGGAUGAAGUCUGUGAACUUCUUGAAUCCAGGACAGAGCUUUCCCCAUGCGCCAGGAGACUCAACUUGGGGGCUAAAACCACUGCUGAGAUCCUGAGACCAUCCAGCUGAAACAGUGUUUGCCACUUAAUUAAAACCAGGCUUGCGGACAUUACAUUAUUCAUUGUCACUGUUAGCACUGCUACCUGUUGCUAUCAUACUAUUGGUGGUGUCAAUCCACACGUGCACACACCUCUGAUGUGCCUUAUCUAUAUCUGAACACGAACUCCUUCCUGAUAGGAAGCUAAAGCUUCCACAGACAUACACACCACCAACUGACAGUAGCCACUUGAUUCAGGUUAGAGGUUAUAAUGGACAUGUGGACUACAGGGCAUCAGAUCCCAGAGCCUGAAGGAAGGUAGCUGCUCCUCAGACCCACGUUUCCCCAGCCAUCUCCCUGGCUCUUCACCCCCAAGGCAGCAAAAAUAAAUGGGUCAGGAGUCUGGCAAAAUUCCUGAAGUCCUGGUGCUGACUGAACCUGGUUUGUAAAUAACUUAUGACUCUAUGAGUGGUAAAAAAGCUGGGGUACCCUCAAAAAGCCAGCAGUUGCCAAUUUCUGCUAGAGUACAGUCCCAUUGCCAAGGUACAUCUGGAAAGGCUGUUGAAGGAGCAGCUCCAGAUAUGAUGCAUCAUAUGGAUGGCUCAUCAUCCCAGGGUGAAAAAGCAGGGCCAGAAAUUGUUACCCUUUUUGAAGAAAUCUCUCCAGACUGAGAACUGUGAUGUUUGCAUUCUAUUUAUUUACACAGGAUUAUUUUAAGAUGUUUAUAUUGUAUUUAAAGAUGUAUAUUUUUUUUUCCUUAAAAAGCAAGCCUCUGCUCCAAAGGAAAGCAGGUGUUCUUAGAGGCAAAGCAAGUCUGUGGUGUGUGAGAGCAAGUUACCUGUUCUUUGGCUGUGAGGGAGGGCAAGUCCCUGUAGGAAAAGGAAAGCAUGGUCUGAAUGCUGGUAGUUAUAAAACAGGUGAAACAUGGUCAAGUAGUGACAGAUCUUAAGAACCAAGACAAGGAAGACAGGUCAGUAAUCCUGGGACCAGAGCCUGCCUCAGGGCCCUGGUGGAAGAAAGCAGUUAUACCUCUUGCAGCAGGGAGGGAAGCGUAGGUUGGUGUUAAUGGUCUGAGCUAGAGUCCAGCUGUGGCGGGAGAACACCUGAGAGGUGGAGGUGCCACCCUCUGUGCAGUCGAGCAGCCUGUGAGACCCACAGUGAUUUGUUUGUGGGGGAGGAGGCAGCACUCAUGGAGAGCUACACAUACGCCUAGCGAGGCUUCCCAGGGAAGGCUUCAUGUUAGCAAAAUAUAUACUGGUACUAAUACUCAGAAGGGGUUCAGAGGAGUAAGAUGAUUCCGUGACAGAGCACUUGUGAAGCAGGAUGAACGACUGGGACCUUAUUUCAAGUGACUGUUCUGCUAAAUAUGUCCCUCAUGAUUCUUGACCCCUCAGUGACUCAGUUCUCUGUCCAAAAAUGGGGAUAGUAGCACUUCCCUACCUCACAAGGAUGUUUCUGGGACAAUACUGAAAAGUGCUCAAGUACUGUAAUGACGGGGGAUCAUGUCAGUACCUGGAAGAGGUACAAGAAAGAGACCCCAGAAACCAGCUUGAGACAACUAGAGGAGUUAAUCCAGGGAUAAUUCCACCUCCACAAGUAUCAAGUAUACCCUAGUGGAUAAGGGAAACUUCCCUGCAGAUGCAUGAAUCAAAAUGAUCAGAAAAACCCACUCUGUAAUUCUGUAACAAUGAGAAAACUCUUAGGAAGGGCAACACUUCAUCUUCCAAAUCUUAAAUCCUUGUAGUUUUUGUCUUUUCCUCUCAUGACAUUGAAGCUUUACACAUAAGAAGAACAAAAGCUUUGGUUGCUCAGAGUGUGACUCAGAUGCUUGUAAUGCCCAUGCCUGUUUGCCAGAAAUGAACAAGUACCCUGUUGGUUUGAUUAAAUUAAUAUGAAACGCUU